CGUAUAUGGAUUUCCGGGUUAAAGUUCACCAAAAUAACAAUGGCGGUUGCAUGCCUCUUUUAGUCAUGCUCCCGGAGUUUUAGCGUAGCGUAUUAACGACUGAAGCAGAAUGAAGGAGACACCUUUGUCAAAUUGCGAGCGGGAUUUCUUGCUUAAAGCCAUCCAAGAGAAAAAGCGCCUGGAUGGACGGCAGACCUAUGACUACAGGAAAUUAAAGAUCAUGUUUGGGACUGACUUUGGAUGCUGCUUUGUAGAGUUGGGCAAAACAAGGGUAAUGGCCCAGGUAUCCUGUGAGCUGGUGGCCCCAAAAGAGAGCCGACCAAAUGAGGGAAUCAUGUUCUUCAAUAUAGAGCUGUCACCCAUGGCUUCACCUGCAUUCGAGCAGGGCAGGCAGUCAGAGUUGUCAGUGAAGCUGAAUCGACAGCUGGAGAGAUGCUUAAGAAACUCCAAGUGCAUUGAUUUGGAGUCCUUGUGUGUGGUUUCUGGCGAAAAGGUAUGGCAAAUUCGGGUGGAUGUGCACACACUGAACCAUGAUGGAAACCUGAUGGAUGCUGCCAGCAUCACCGCAAUCGCCGCUCUGUGCCACUUCAGGCGGCCUGAUGUUGGCAUUCAGGGAGAUGAAAUCACUGUGUAUAGUCCAAAUGAACGAGAUCCCAUUCCUCUUAGCAUCUACCACAUGCCCAUCAGUGUCAGCUUCGCCUUUUUCCAGCAAGGGACAUAUCUGCUCGUAGAUCCAUGUGAGCGGGAAGAGCGUGUGAUGGACGGCUUGCUGAUGAUUGCAAUGAACAAGCACCGGGAAAUCUGUUCUAUCCAGUCUAGCGGUGGGAUCAUGUUGCUCAAGGAGCAGGUAAUGCGAUGCAGUAAAAUAGCCAGCGUCAAAGUGUCCGAAAUCACAAAACUCAUCACGAAAGCCCUGGAGAAUGACAAAACAGCCCGUAAGGCGGGUGGCAAGUGCGGCUUUGCUGAGUCGAUGCCUCAAGAGCGAAUCACUGCUUUGAAAAUGGAAGAGACGCCAGUAGAGAUGACGGAUGCGACAGAACAAGCCAAUGACAUUGAUCGGACUGUCGAGGUCCCUCCUCAGAUUCAGUCGCCGGUAGUGCCAAUCCCGGGCAUGGGCCAGGUAGGCCAAGGGCUUCAGAACAACUGGGGAAUUGAGGAAGAUGACCUGGAUGAAGAAGACAGCGAUAAUAAGGAAACCACAAUGGAAGUGGAAGAAAAACGACAAGCGGAGGGAGAUGUGGUUGAGCUGUCUGACAGUGACAGUGACAGUGAAGAGGAUGAAGUGGUCAUACUUCAACCAGAGGCGACGGGAGGAGUUCAAAAGAAUACAAGUACAAGUUCCCACCUGAAGGGGCCAGCAGCGUCAAAGAAACGGCACAGAAAAUGAAAGAAAGCUCUGUUACCAAAACUCCAGUCCUGUUACGAUUCCUUCUGACUUGCCUUCAAAACUGAGUACUUCGAGAAUAUCAGCUUUUACUUUCUGUCUAUUUUUCAUUUAUAUGAGUUCUUUCAUGGGUGGCACGGUAGAGCACUGGUUAUAUCGUUGCCGCACAGUUCAGAGGUUGUGGGUUCGAUUUCGGCUUCGGUCUUCCUGUGCAGAGUGCAUGUUUUCCCUGCGUGGGUUUCCUCCCACAUUCCAAAAACAUACAUGCUAGGCCAAUUGAACAGUCUAAAUUGCUCGUGAGUGUGAAUGGUUGUUUGUGUGUGAGCUCUGCGAUUGGCUGGUAACCAGUUCAGGAUUUUACCACCCGAAGUCAGCUGGAAUAGGCUCCAGCACGUUCACGUGAGGAGAAGGGGUCAAUGAUCACCGUCUGCAAAAAAUAUCACUCAUAUUUUGUGUAUUAAAUGGUUUGACUGA